AAUAAAAUUAAAAAUAUCUAUUUGAAGAAGCUGUGACAAAUCUUCUGAAAGCCAUACAGGUCAACAACUACUCCAGAUCCCGAAACACACAAGACUUCUCAACACUCUCGCGCAAAGAGGAGCAAGAAGAACUGGAACUGAAGAAGAAAGAAAUGGGUGUUGUGAAGUCAGCGAUUGGGGAUAUGCUGAUGACCUUCUCGUGGGUUGUCCUCUCCGCGACCUUCGGUUUACAGACGACGGAGAUCAUCUCCGCCGCGGGGUUUCAGGGGAUCGCUUGGGCUCCGCUGGCCAUCACCACGUUUCUGAUUUUCGUCUACGUCUCGAUAUUCACCGUUGUCUUCGGCAGCGCUAGCUUUAAUCCCACCGGAAACGCCGCCUUCUAUGCCGCCGGUAUCCCCGGAGAUACCCUUUUCACCUUGGCCAUCAGGUUACCUGCUCAGGCAGCUGGUGCGGCAGGAGGUGCAUUGGCCAUCAUGGAGUUCAUACCAGAGAAGUACAAGCACAUGAUUUCUGGACCUUCCCUUCAGGUUGAUGUGCACACUGGAGCUAUUGCUGAAACCAUCUUAAGUUUCGGUAUCACCUUUGCGGCUUUGCUUAUUAUCAUCAGGGGUCCACGAAGAUUACUCGCCAAGACCUUCUUGCUCGCUCUUGCAACCAUUUGCUUCGUUGUCGCUGGCUCUAAAUACACCGGACCAGCCAUGAAUCCCGCCAUUGCGUUUGGGUGGGCAUACAUGUACAGCUCUCACAACACUUGGGACCAUUUCUACGUGUACUGGAUCAGUUCUUUUGUUGGUGCUUUAUCUGCUGCACUGGUCUUCCGUACUAUCUUCCCGCCACCUAAACCCCAGAAGAAGAAACAGAAGAAAGCCUGAGAGGAUAAAAACUAAUCCGAGACAACACCGGUUCAAUUCUUUACCGGUUUGGGAUAUAGAAAGAUUCAGAAGGUUUUCCAUUCUAAAAUAAGGAGAAAACCUUAUAUCAUUGUUUACAUUCACGCUUUAUAUUAUGAAUUUGUGCGGACGGCAACAAUUCUCCAGUUCGUGCAUAUAUAUAUAUCUUCACUCUC